UGUCAAGCAGGGCGCUGAGGCUGUGUCUACUGUGAGCUGUCCAUCCAAGUUGACAUGGGUCGAAGAAAAAGAAGUUCGACACCGUGGUUUUACUCCCGCAGUCUGUCCUGAACGGUCGACCCAAGUCUCAUGCUACUGCACUCCUUCCCUUGCGGGGCCGCGGACGGAUUCAAACACGAGUAUAAUGAACUAAUGAAUCACGGACACCAGAUAGUUGGAGAUAGUCGUACUAGGCUAAUUGCCUUGCUGAGUUGCUCAGCAUGCAGUACUCAUUAGUCAGCGAGGGACGGUUAAUUCUACUCUUUGACAUCGAUCGACGAGCGGCAGCCGGCAAAGACACAACGAUGGUGCUACCUCUCAACAAGACCCAACUAUUAUUCUUGGAGGCCCAACCGCACAACAGCGCUACAGUCGAAUCAUUGAAUCUCAACGAUCAUAUCGGGACAGUCGUUCAGGUCACCAUCAGGAGCAAGAACGCAAGUCCUUCGAAGGCGGAACUGGCUAUAUUCGCUAUAGAACAGCGCGAUAUCACGACGGCUAUAGAGACGCUACUACUUGGACAUGUUAAUGGUUCCGACUCGAAGAAGCUUCCCAAACGCGUGAUCAUCCGAGAAGACAGGCUGCUGGGAUACGUUCUUGUUGGCGAGCGACAGGAAUGGACGUACGGGCGACGUAAACAAUUCUACUGGGGCAGACAUCCGUUAAGGAGUGGCGAAGACAAAUGGGUAUUCUACUUCGAGACCACGAAAUUGCAGGUUAACUAUGCAGGGCGUCGAGUCUGAAAUUGUUUUUGUAGACCAUGGUCCAAUGUUUAUCAAACUAUCAGCAGUAUCGCUGUCG